UCCGGGUGAGAUAAUUGCUCUCGGGUGCGGGCCGGGGCGCACGGCGCGCUCCUUCCCUCAGGUCCAGCCUCAUGGAGAACCCCGCGGCCGCGGCCCCCGCCGCGGACCCCUCCCCGGUGUUCCUGCUCCUGUCGUUCGGGACGCUGGUGGCCGCCCUGCUGGGCGCCGCUCACCGCCUGGGGCUCCUCUACCGGCUGAUGCACAAGGUGGACAAGGCGAGCAUCCGGCAUGGUGGAGAGAGUGUGGCGGCCGUGCUCCGGGCCCACGGCGUGCGCUUUGUCUUCACGCUGGUUGGAGGCCACAUCUCCCCGCUGCUGGUGGCCAGCGAGAAGCUGGGCAUCCGUGUGGUGGACACACGGCACGAGGUGACCGCCGUCUUUGCCGCGGACGCAGUGGCCCGCCUGACAGGGACGGUGGGCGUGGCCGCGGUGACCGCGGGCCCGGGCCUCACCAACACGGUGACGGCGGUGAAGAACGCGCAGGUGGCUCAGUCUCCGGUCCUGCUCCUGGGAGGGGCAGCCAGCACGCUGCUGCAGAAACGGGGUGCCCUCCAGGCCAUCGACCAGAUGUCCCUGUUUCGGCCACUCUGCAAGUUCUGUGCAUCUGUCCGGAGGGUGCGGGAUAUUGUGCCCACCUUGCGGGCUGCCAUAGCUGCCGCCCAGUCGGGCACCCCAGAAGAAAAAAAAAAAGUGCUUCCUUCCUGUCUCACGCCCAGGUACUUAGAGAACUGCCUGGCCAACCUGUUUGCGGGUGCCUGGGAGCCUCAGCCUGAGGGGCCUCUGCCCCUGCACAUCCCCCUGGCGUCCCCCCAGCAGGUUCAGCGCUGCGUGGAGAUCGUGAGCCGGGCCAAGAAGCCGCUGCUGGUGAUAGGCAGCCAGGCCCUGCUGCCCCCGACCCCCGCUGCCCGGCUGCGGGCUGCCGUGGAGACCCUAGGUGUCCCCUGCUUCCUGGGAGGGAUGGCGCGGGGGCUGCUGGGUCAGAACCACCGCCUUCACAUCCGGCAGAACCGUGGUGCAGCCCUGAAGAAAGCCGAUGUGGUCAUCCUGGCAGGAGCUGUGUGUGACUUCCGCCUCUCCUACGGCCGCGUCCUCAGCCGCAGGAGCCGGAUCAUCGUGGUGAAUCGGAACCGUGCUGACAUGCUGCUCAACUCCGACAUCUUCUGGAAACCUCAGGAGGCUGUCCAGGGCGACAUAGGCUCCUUCAUGCUGAAGCUGGUGGAAGGCCUUCAGGGCCAGACAUGGGCUCCGGACUGGCUGGAGGAGCUACGGGAAGCCGAUCGGCACAAGGAGCAGACCUUCAGGGAGAAGGCAGCCAUGUCUGUGGGCCAGCACCUGAACCCCGUGCGGGUGUUGCAGGCCGUGGAGGAAGCGCUACCUGACAAUGCCUUGCUCGUGGUGGACGGCGGGGACUUUGUGGCCACCGCCGCCUACCUGGUGCAGCCCCGUGGGCCUCUGCGCUGGCUUGACCCUGGGGCCUUUGGGACUCUGGGAGUUGGUGCAGGGUUUGCACUUGGGGCCAAGCUGUCCCAGCCGGAUACGGAGGUCUGGUGCCUGUUUGGGGAUGGAGCCUUUGGCUACAGCCUCAUGGAGUUCGACACAUUCGUCAGACACAAGAUCCCAGUGAUGGCCUUGGUAGGGAAUGAUGCAGGCUGGACCCAGAUCUCCAGAGAGCAGGUGCCCAGACUGGGCAGCAACGUAGCCUGCGGCCUAGCCUACACGGAUUAUCACAAGGCAGUCAUGGGUCUGGGGGCCCGGGGCUUGCUGCUGUCAGGGAAGAGUGAGGACCAGGUCGCCGAGGUGCUGCGUGAGGGCCAACGGCAGUGCCGGGAUGGCCACCCAGUCGUGGUCAACAUCCUGAUUGGGAGGACGGACUUCCGCGAUGGCUCCAUUUCCAUGUAGGGACUCCCAGGGCCGGUGUGCCUGGCUCCCUGCUCCCGGACUCUGCUCGGCUGGUUUGGAGUCUUAUCCCUGUGGGAUCUGGACCUAGUCCAGAAGCUGCAGUGACUGGACAACCCUCCCUGGAGGGAGCUGGUGGGAUCAGAACUCAGAGAAACACCUGGCGGCCCUGGAGAGCUUUGGGCCCUUGUCUCUACAGACCUGACCGUCCCCUUUCUUCUUAUCUGAAUAAAUCUCCUCCGGCUCAUGAGGGCCCAAGGACUCAGAUACAGA